UAAGAGGAACUGAAAGCAGAGGAGGCCGGUUUAGAGAGGAGGAGCACCGCAGAGACAGGAAGGUUACACAUGCAGAGGAAUUAAACAAAGCUCAGACAGAGCCAGGAGGGGAAAGGUUGGUUAACUGCAGGUCUUUUUUUUUUUUGCCUUAGCUAAUUACCACUUUGCUUUUACUGCAGUACCAGAAAAGCAGGGAGAAAACAGCAAUCAGAGAGAACAGAAAACGGAGACAAGAAGCAGCCAAGGAGAGAGUACUAGCAGCAGUUAAGAAGUCGAGUCAAGAUUAAUUGAGGAAGAGAAGACAAAAGCAGAGACGAGCCUCAGAGAAGCGGAAAAAGUAAGAAAACAGUAGACAUUCAUUGACAAAGAGGUGGACUCAACUCCACGGACUCCUGACAUCAGCAAAACAAAGGGGAGAAGGAGAGCGGCUGUAAAGAGGUCACUGUGGUCCAUGUGCUGCGUGCCUGAGCAAGUCUACUAUGCAAGCGAGACAACACAGAUAAACAAACCAAAGCACAGUGUCUCUGUUCACCUCCAAAAGACAGUGUUCCCUGCAGCAGCACCAUGUUGAUGAAAGAGUAUCGCAUAUGUAUGCCACUGACGGUGGAGGAGGUGCCUGAAUGCUAAAUGCUCUCACAGCAAUUAGCAAACGCCUGCUGGAAAUGCAAGUCUGCUGAGAUCACCCUACAAACUACUUCUCAGUCCAAUGCUCCAAAGAAUGAUGUACAAGAUUGGGCAGCUCUACAUGAUCAGUAAGCACAGCUGUGAGCAGAGCGGUGGGGGCGAGGGAGUGGAGGUGGUGAGGAAUGAGCCGGAUAUUCACCCUCAGCAUGGUCCUGGACAGCUGACCGAGAAGAGAAUCUACCUCACCAGUAAACUGCCAUCCUGGAUUAAAGCUUUUGUGCCUCGAGUUUUCUAUGUGACAGAAAAGGCGUGGAACUUCUACCCCUACACCAUCACGGAGUACUCAGUAUCAUUCGUCCCCAGGUUCAGCAUCCGCAUUGAGACAAGGUUCGAAAACAACAACGGCAGUAACAACAAUGUGUUUGGGGACAAGCCAACCCCGGAGGGGGACGUUUGCUUCCUGGACAUCCUAACUGACCCCAUCCCGGAAAAGCACUACAAAGAAUCAGAGGAUCUGAGUCUCUGGCGGUCAAAUAAAACCAACCGAGGGCCUCUGGAGAAAGGCUGGAGGAAAAACCACAGCCCCAUUAUGUGCUCCUAUAAGAGAGUGCAGUGCAGUUUCGAGGUCUACGGCUUCCAGACCAGGACGGAGGAUUUCUUACAUAGAAUUGUUAAAGACAUUCUUCUGGUCGGCCACAGGGAGGCAGUUGCGUGGGUUGACGAGUGGCACGGGCUCAGCUUGGAGGCGGUGAGGGAGUACGAGAAAACGAUGCAAGAGAAGACCAACAGCAAAGUCAAAUCUAACCAGAACAACUCAGGCCCACAGGAUUCCUGCGAUCGUCCUGCGAUCUCCCGCUCCAUCUCUGUGACAGACGAGCAUUCCCUGAAGAAGAUGGGAGUGCAGACGGUGGACGUGUCUGGCAAGUCAGCCUCCUCUGGGCUGCACUGUCCCAUUCGCCUAAACUCCACCCCAGAGUGAUACCUCUUUGCCCGAUGGCAACACAGAAAACAAAGUCUAACUUUGUGUCAGUGCCAGCAACAAGGGUUAUGUGAUGUUAUUUGUCAAAAUGCAACAAAAGCCACAGAAUUUCUGCAAGAUUGUUAAAAAAAAUAUUUGGGGUGCAGUUGCAUAGGUAUGGAAAGCUAAAAGUGCUAAAGUCCAAUAAAUAAAUCAUUUUGAAAAUA